AUUCCGCUGCGCGACGUCAACGUGUUCUGCGGGAUUUGUUGUGGGGCUCGGGGAGCCUUUGCUUGGCCUCUGGAUGGGGAGGAGGGAACCUGGUUCUGGCCCCAGCUGUGGCCCUGCUUCGCUGCAGAAACCCGGCAAGUUCUUUCCCCGAGGAUGUUCUGUGGCUUGACCAGGCUCCCUCACAGCACAUCCCAAAGCCAUGGGUGAUCCCAGUCCUAAAGGGGACCCUACAGCGCAUCUUUGGGACCAGCCAGGUGUUCCAGAACUUUGAUGAUAUAAAGUCAAAGUCCACGGGGUUAACAGUGCACCUCAAAGUCAAGGAGUACUACCAUCAAGGCCAUCAGUGCUUGGAGCAAGAAGACUGGGAGGUGGCCGUGCUGUUCUUCUCCCGUGCCCUCCACCUGGACUCCCAGCUGGUAGAAUUCUAUGCCUUAAGAGCCGAGGCCUACAUCCAUCUCUGUGACUUCUCCUCGGCUGCCCAGAACCUGCGAAGGGCCUACUCCCAGGCAGACAACACCAACUACCUGGAGCGGCUCACCUUUGUGCUUUAUCUGAAGGGCCAGUGCCUGUUUGAGCAAUGUGCCUUUCUGGAUGCCCUGAAUGUCUUCUCGCAAGCCUCUGAGCUCCAGCCUGAGAAGUCCUGCUUCCGUUAUCGAUGCAUGGCCUGUCUCCUGGCUCUCAGACGGCAUCAUGAAUGCCUCUCCUUCGUCACCAAGGAGGUAAAGUAUGGCACAACCAAUCCCGAUGUCUACAUCCUCCGGGCCAGGCUCUACAACUUCUUCCAGAAGCCCAACCUCUGCUAUCAAGACCUACACAGUGCCUUGCUGUUGGACCCCAAGCACCCACAGGCCAAGGUGCUGCUCAAGGUGAUGGUGGGCCAGGCCCAGCAGGCUCGCCAAGAUGCUGGGAUCCUGGCCGUGCAGGGCAAGCUGCAACACGCACUGCAGUGCAUCAACUGUGCCAUCGAGAACAACCCUCUAGACCCCAGCCUCUUUGUCUUCCGGGGCAUCAUGUACCGACGGCUCCGGGAGUUUGAUGCUGCCGUGGAGGACUUCCUGAGAGCACUGGACAUGAUGACCGAGUCCCAGAAGGAGUUGGUGCAGCAGGCGCAGCGCCAACUGCUGCUGGCCUACAACGACUUCGCGGUGCACUGCUACAUGCAGGGCGCCUACCAGGAGAGCGUGCUGCUGCUCAACAAGGCGCUCAAGGACGAGCAGAAGGAGAAAGGCCUCUAUAUCAACCGCGGCGAUUGCUUCUUCCAGCUGGGCAACCUGACCUUUGCUGAGGCGGACUACCAGCAGGCGCUGGCGUUGAGCCCGAGGGACGAGGGCGCCAACCUGCGAAUGGGCCUGCUGCAGGAGAAGUUGGGCUUCUGCGAGCAGAGAAGCAGGCAGUUCCAGAAGGCAGAGAGCCACUUCUCAGUCGCCAUCCAGCACAAUCCCCAGAAGGCCCAGUACUACCUGUACCGUGCCAGGAGCCGGCAGCUCUUGCAGAACAUUUUUGGGGCCCGCCAGGAUGUUGCCACUGUCCUGCUCCUUGACCCCAAGCUACCAAAGGUGCUCCCGCUGAUGGCCAGUCUCUUCCCUGGCAUGUCAGUGGAGGAGGUGCUUGGCAGCCAGGUGGCCCACCUGGCCAGGUUGCUGCUGGAUCGGGCGGUGGAGAGCAGCCUGCAGGCCAGCACCCCUCAAGAUAUCAUGCGGCAGCUCAAGGAGCAGGAACUAGAGCACCAGAAGGCCCAGGCCCUGUGGCUCUCGUGGAAGCUGGAACAGCCCUUGUUCGAGACCUCCAAAGAGCGGGAGGCCACUCGCCAGUCCCUGCAGGCAAAGCCAGAACGCCCAGAGUUAGAGGCUGAGGCCCCUGAGGAGAAAGAGGAGGAGAAGCUGGAGCUGGCCCCCAGCAAGGAGAGGUCCCUGACCGACAGCUAUGUUGACCAGACCUCUUCGGGCUCCGUCUGGGGCUGCAGGACCACAUCCAUCUCAGAAAUGGAGAUGUCCACUACCGGCCAGGAAUACAGGAGCACCUCGACCACUGCUGUGACAUUCUCCGACUCCUCACUGCUAAGGACACAGUCCUCAGACUUGGGGUACAACAGGGAAGACCUAAGCCUGAGCCACAGCCCUAGAAAAUCCAAAUAUGCCCAGGGCCAGAGCCGGAGGCCCGGCGGGACCGAGGCCACCCAGAGCCGGAGGCCCAGCAGGACUGAGGCUGCCCAGGCUGAGAGCCAGAGGCCCAGCAAGACUGAAGCCACCCAAGUCCAAAGCCAGAGUCCCAGCAAGACUGAUGCCACCCAGAACUGGAGGCCCAGCGGGAUCAAGGCUUCCCAGGGCCCCAGGCAAAAGUUCAACAAGACUAAAGCCACCCAGGGCUCAAAGCAGAGGUUCAGAAAGGCCAAGGGUGCCUGUGGCUGGAGCUGGGGAUUCAGAAAGGCUGAUGCCACACAGGACCAGAGCUGGGGACUGAUCCAAAGUGCCAGCAAGACCAAGACUUUUGAUGACCCAAGUUGGAGCCCCUGCAACACUGAGGUCACCCAAGGCCAGGGCCAGAGCCAGAGGCCCAGCAAGUCCAAGGCUCCCAGAGCUGGAGCCCAGAGCGUGAGCCCAGGCUCCAGCAAGACCAAGGUCACCGGGGGACUGAGCCCAAGUCUCAGCGAUACCCAGGGCCUGAAAUAGAACCCCAGCCCUAGCAGUCACCCUGCUCUCCGAAGGGAACACUCAGCCCCCUCUCUUCUUGCCAGGGAUUGGAGAGAGUCUGACCCCCGCAACACACUGGCACUCAGCAAAGCAGCCUCCUUCCAGAGCAAUGAGAACUCAGCCAAAGUUCCUCUGGUCCCAUGGCUGAAUUUAUUGUAUUCGUUCUCUUCUUUUACAAAAUAAAAAAUUUGAAAAGGCAA